UUGAGGAACAAAGUUUGUUUAAAUGUUUACCAAAGUCUAUCUGCUGUCCGUGCUGUGCCUGAGUCUCAGUGAUCUACCUCAACCAGCAUGGACUCGCUCUGUCUCCGUUUCACUAAACAUGUCGUUGACUCGCAACGAAGUUGAAGAUCAAAAUACGACGAGGCCAACGGUAUCGCCGAAGAUCACGCAGGAUUUGCUGCAAUCGUGCAUGAGGGAGACGGAGAUAUCGAUGUCGCAGCUGAAGCUCUUUCGUCUCAGUCUGCUCUUUAAUGAGAACAGCAACAGUGAGACAGAGCUGGGCUUGGGCAAUGCCAAUGUCGAUGAUGAUAUGAAGAAUGCCAACAAUUUGGGGGAUGUGGAUUAUGAUAACGCUGUACAACUUCCCAGCUUGGAUCUUAAGCGGAAUGAGCCACUACAAUGUUUUGUACGCUGUCUGUAUGAUGGCUUGGGUCUGAUUCACUACGAUAUGAUGUUGGAGGAGGCAAUUAAAAUCGAGGUGCAGAGUUUGUUGCAGCGCCAAAAGUCCGAGCAGAAGGAGUGCAAGGAUAUCAACAGCAAGAAUCGUUGUGAGGCUGCUUAUAAGCUGCGUCUGUGCUACAAUCAUCUCAAGAAUCUGGAGGCCGAGCAGCGUCUAAGAGAGGUGCUCGAACGCAGCGAAACUGGCAGUGAUUCCAUCAUGCCCGAGACUGAGGAGAACGAGAUCACCAAAGAUAUGUAGCCGCUCGAAGAGCCAGCAACAACAACAGAUUAGUUUUCUGUAUAGGUCGAAUCAAUAUAAUCAAUUUACAUGUUUACUAUAUAUAUAUAAAUAUAUUUGGAAUAGUAAGGUAAAAGCUACAUUGAAAUAAUAAACUGUAAGUAGCACAUUUUAAGGCUGCGCAAGGCAUUAAAAUAACUUAAAAAGCUUACUGCAUACUU